AUAUUCUUAAAGCAAAUAUGUUUACAUAUAUGCAUGGCGAGAGAGAGAGAGAGAGAGAGAGAGUAAACAAGGGGGUUUAAGCAGCAGCAGAGGCUGUGUCAUAAAUGGGAAACAACCACGGAUGUUUCAGGAAACGAAACCGUUAUGCCCCUACUAACGGCUCUAACCCUCAUCCUGAAAUUCGUCCCUCCUAUAAAAAGGGUUCCUCGUCAUUGCCCAAUCCGGACAUGGCCUCCUCUUCCUCCUCCUUGAAACUGCCUUACCCUCACGCCGACUCCUCCUUGCGAGCUCUCGCCGCCCAGGCCGAGGGGUUCGGCCGCUGCGCCAUCGGCGGCCUCCAUGGAUCCCUCUUUCAUGUCACCACUCUAGCAGAUGAUGGGCCAGGAUCACUUCGUGAAGGGUGUCGUAAGAAAGAACCUCUAUGGAUUGUCUUUGAAGUUUCAGGAACCAUCAAUCUUUCAUCUUAUUUGAGUGUGUCUUCUUAUAAGACCAUUGAUGGGCGUGGACAGAGGAUAAAAUUUAUGGGGAAGGGCUUGAGGUUGAAGGAAUGUGAACAUGUGAUUAUAUGCAAUCUAGAGUUUGAAGGAGGUAGAGGACCUGAUGCUGAUGGAAUUCAGAUCAAACCUAACUCAAAGCACAUAUGGAUUGACCGAUGCAGCCUCCGCAAUUACGAUGAUGGACUGAUUGAUAUCACCCGGGGAAGCACAGAUGUUACAAUUUCUAGAUGUCACUUUUCAAAGCAUGACAAGACAAUGCUUAUUGGAGCAGACCCUUCUCACAUUGGCGACAGAUGCAUUCGAGUGACCAUUCAUCAUUGUUUUUUUGAUGGUACUCGACAGAGGCAUCCCCGUGUCAGGUUCGCAAAAGUACAUUUGUACAAUAACUACACCAGAGACUGGGGCAUUUAUGCUGUCUGUGCCAGUGUGGAAUCACAGAUAUAUUCCCAGUGCAAUAUAUACGAAGCUGGACAGAAGAAGGUGGCUUUCAAGUAUCUUAAUGAGAAGGCUGCUGACAAACACGAAGAAAAUACUGGCUGCAUAAAGUCCGAGGGGGACUUGUUUGUGGAUGGGACUCAAUCGGGUUUAAUGACAUUGUCAAGUGCAGAAAAUGGAUUUCAUCCCAGUGGAUACUACUCGUCAUGCACGGUGGAAGCUCCCACGGAUGCUCUGAAAAAAGCUCUACAGCAUUGUACCGGGUGGCAAUCUGUCUCUCUCCCAGCUGAUAAUCCCAAGUAACAUCAAGAAUGCGGUAUUAUAUUUACACGUAUACGUAAUAUAUACAUUAAACUUAAAUGCGUGUGGUCGAAUUAUUUAUUGUGCAUAAGUGAUGGUUUCUAUGUAUGGCCGUGUCCGUUUCUAGUGCUAUAACUCUUGGCAAUGGCAUCACCUUUCACUGGUGUGGUGCUAAUUGUCUUUCUGGCAUGUAAAGUGCAAGCACUCCGUAUUUCUAAGGAAUGGUAAGGAUGAAAUGUAUCGGAAUUCUGAUUCUCGUAACAUUCUUAUCUUUUCAAUUAUUCAUUCGUGAUUGGUUUUCUCGUGA